AACUCGUCGCAUCUUUCGCCACGUGUCCUUACUUUUCAAAAAUGACCAGCAUGCCCUUACUUCAGCACCCACUUAUCAUGUUUCUUCUUAUUCAGAUCCAACACAAACCCUAGUUUUGUUUCUUCUCACACAAGGUGGGAAUGCCAUCUUGAGCAAGAUUGUUACUUUUUGGCUACUUGAUAAGUUAUUCACUUAUUCGGGCAUUGUUACACGAGAUGAGCAAAUGCAUGGGCUGUGGAAAUUUACGAAGAAUGCUGGUACCGAAAGAUAGUUUCAUGAGUAUUUAUCAAUGUUCUCUUAUGCUAGAUCCUGCUAUAUCGGUUUGGGAUUGUACUGUUCGUAAGAUUCGAUAUUCUUUUACUUCCGAGUGGGUGUAGGAACAACCGAACAAGAAGCGACCUUUAGCUUUUGUUAGUAUUAGUUUUUCGAGUUUUUAGUAGUAGAAACAAUCAAGAACUUAGGCAUGGAUUGUGGUAAAACGCCAUCCGGUGUUAAAAAGAUGAAGAAAAAGCAAGUGAAAGAUGAGUUAGAUCGAAUCAAACAAGCGGAGAAGAAAAAAAGGCGAUUGGAGAAAGCGCUCGCCACGUCAGCAGCCAUUAUUUCGGAGCUGGAGAAGAAGAAACAGCGGGAGAAAGGAGAGCAACGGAGGCUGGAUGAAGAGGGUGCUGCGAUAGCUGAAGCGGUUGCGUUGCAAGUGUUGAACGGUGAGGACUCGAAUGACGCGUGCGGUCAAGUCGUUAAUGGUAAACGAAUUUACAGGAAUGCCCAUGGAGGAUCCAUAUGUCGAUGGAAUGCACACAGGUUCGGUGAAAACGGGUCUUUUGUAAGGGGUGUCGAAGGAUCGGGAUCGUUUGUUGAUGAGAUGUCUGCGGCGGGACUAGUUACUGCACGGGCUGUUUCGACGCUUCAGAUUGCGGAUGAUGAAGAUAUUAAUGCUUUUGUGUUUAAAAGAAUGGUGAAAGGGUGAGGGAUUGAAAUCGAAUUUUUAAUAAUGGUUGUGUAUAUAAUUUAAGUCUGGAUUGUAUUUACCAUUUUGGUGUUCUUUCGCUACAACAGCUAGUCUUAUGUUAUAUUUCAGUAUUUUCGACUUGGGUGAGAAAAAA